AUGGGGGAGCACUGGUGUACUUUGUACCAUAGUGAAAAAUUAGUGUCACCUGUUCAGGCUAACCAUGCCCUUUUAGAAGAAAUAAGGGAGAUAAAUCAGCGGCUUAUAGAUACAGUGGUGGAUAUCAGUGAUGAAGAUGUUGAUCCAACUGCGGCAGCAGCUGCUGCUGAAGGUGGUGAAGGAACCAUCGUUAAGUGCUCUUUUAGUGCUGUGGCUCUUAGUCCAAACCUGAAGUCUCAGUACGCUUCAGCACAAAUGUCACCAAUUCAGCCCUUACGAUUGCUUGUCCCCACAAAUUAUCCACAUUGCUCCCCAAUACUCUUGGACAAGUUUCCUGUUGAAGUAAGCAAAGAGUAUGAAGAUCUUUCCAUAAAGGCGAAAUCAAGGUUUAGUAUUUCUCUCCGAAGUCUUUCACAGCCCAUGUCGCUUGGAGAGAUAGCAAGGACUUGGGACGUGUGUGCUCGGACAGUUAUUUCAGAGUAUGCGCAGCAGAGCGGUGGAGGGAGCUUCAGCUCAAAAUAUGGGACUUGGGAGAACUGCUUGAGUGCAGCAUGA